AUGAGCAGGAGUUGUGAUACUAAUAAAGAAACCUAUGAUCGCUUAACGCUGGCGGCGAUCCUGACUACCCGGCGCGAAGGCUCUGUUGAUUCGGCCCAAUGUGGGUUUGACAGAAAACUUAUGUUUGCCGAACCGGAAGAUGGCUGCUGUGCUGUUGUUUGGCGUUAUUAUGAGGCUCAGGAUUAUGCAGUCCUUGUAUGUGUUAUUCUCAUCCCGGCCGGACUCGACUGCAGUCUCGACCUUGCGUCAGCUCGUCUCAUCAGCACCGCCGGCGGACUCGAACCCAGGUCGUGA